GCCGCCCCGCCGACAUCCACGGGCCCCGACGUCGAGGCCGUGCAAUGGGUAAACGACGUCUUCUACUGGCUCUACAGCGACCUGGUGAUUGUCAACGAGAUCAUCAAUGUGUGGAUCCAGGCCAUGAACGAGUUCAUGAAGAACUCCGUCACAGAGCACGGCGUGGGCGUGGAGUUCGUCCGCAUCCUGCCAGAGACCCACCCUCCGACCCUCAACAACGUCUUCUCCGAAUGCGACUCCAAAGACGAUGUGACGAUAACUUGCGACUGCGAAGCGACGCCGGCGAUGCAACUGAAGGCCUUCCGCCAGAAGGGUGAGAAGGUGGAAGUGUCCCACUAUCGAGUGAACGUGAACCGAUUUCGGGCCAGGCUCAACGUCGUCUGCAGAACCGAUAAAUUACUGGCAGACGUCAAGUGUGACGGCUGGCCUGACAUUAAAGUUGCUCUCGCACCAGUUGGUGCCAUAAAGAGCAAUUUGGAUGAACAACAACUUCAGGAUGUCAUCACCGAAAUUAUUGUGGGUGCAUUACGUGGCAGUGUUGUGAAUUUGAAUCUUGGACAGUAUCCGACUUGUCCACGACUCAAUCGACCGGUUUCAGCUGCAGAGCCGAGGCUUCCCGUGCACUAUGAUAGUCUAUCUGGCUCUCAUGGUGGAAAGACUUCAGAUAAACGUUUGUUGGUGAAAGUAAUCAAAGCUGUAAAUCUUGGUGCAAAGAAAGGAUGCACGGAGCCAUACUGUGUGGUUGAAAUGGAUGAACCUCCACAGAAAAAUCAAACUUCAGUCAAGAAAGAUACCAAUAACCCAGUGUGGGAUGAACACUUUCUUUUUGACCUCACUCCUAACACAGCAGAAUUACUUUUUGAAAUAUAUGACAGAGCCAAUAAGGAAAAUAAAUUCCUAGGAUUGGGUAUUGUGGGUGUAGAAGAGUUACUAAUCAACCCGAGCCAGAGACAAGUUAUAUCUUUGCAGUCAAGACCAUAUGAGGCAGAUGAAGUUUCUGGUAUGCUAACUGUUGAGUUUUUGUUUAUAGAAGGAGCAGACAUUCCUGUUCAUGGCGAUAGACCAUAUAAACUUAAAGAGACACUUAGAACAGUCUCUCCCUCAGGAGGUGUCAUCACUACUACUAAAACUGUAUUUGAGAAGCCAGAUGAUACUCAACAUUUAAAUGGAGGUGAUGUAGUUACAGACUCUGCUCUGAAAGAGUUGGAGCUGCGGAACCGGACGGGGGCUGGUCCCACUCAAGCAAGCAAAAGCACCUUAAUCAUUCACAGUGUCCAGAGAGUUGAGCAGACAGAUGCUGGACAGUGGCACGAGGUUCCUGCUGACCAGCUUGGCACAGAAACAGCCCCGCCCCCACCUCCUGUUGGCCAAGAUGGAGUGCAAGGAUCUCCACCUUCAGGUCUCCUUGAUGACAGGGGAAGAAGCAGAAGGAAAAAACGUGACUUCUUUGGAACUAUCAAAAGAAGACUUGGGCGUUCCAAAACACGGUCAAAAUCAAUGGAUCCUGCAGAGCGUGAUGAAUCUCUUAACCGAGAUGCUAGCCUCACUAGGUCUAUAUCUGCAGAUAGAGCUCGUGAUCCUUCUGCACAUUCAGCAGGAUACCUGUCAGUGCCUGGUCUCAUUGGAGUUGAUGGCAACUCCACUAGAUCCAGUCUGAGUGAAGCUUCAGGAAUUAGUGGAGCCUCUACUCGCACUUAUGUAAAUGAGGCAUCCACCUUGGUACUUGAAACAAUUGAAAACGGUGUAAAGAAGCAUUAUCUUGUGCCCCUGACAUUGGCACAGAAAAAGGCACAAUUUGCCAAGUGUGUAACAAAGCACUGGCACGAAGAUUAGGCAAACAGGGAUAUGAAUGUCGAGACUGCCAGUUGAAAUGUCAUAAGCAUUGUCACAUAAAAGUUGAUUCAAACUGCACAAAUUCAACUAUUCAGAAUAUUGAACUGUCUCUACUGCCUGUAUUGAGUGAAUAGUCAACGCAUCACCAGUCCAUACAUGGACAGAAGAGUAUUUCUACUCAAGAACAACUUGACUUGACAUCGAAUAGAAGAAGAACAAGAAUAACAAGUCAUCUAUACUUCAUCAUAUGAACAUUAAAAAGAAUUGAUAAUUCAAGAUGCAGUGGAAAAAUAACUGCCAUAAUACCAUCAUUUGACCACUUCUUUAAAGUUGCCUAGUGGAUUUAGAAUGGUGCUACCUGUUUAUCUUAUUUCUGUAAGAUGAUUUUAUGUGAAUGAUUGAAAUAAAAGCUGAUGUUUGGUAAGAAAGGUUUAUAAUAUGUUUCUUCUGAAGGUCUGCUUCCAAUGGGUGCAAAUUGUUAUGUACAAACUCAGCAAAGUUAUUAUAGAACAGAACUUUUCAAGAAAUGCAGGACAAUUUUAUAGAUUUGUUCUUCCUAAUAUUAGCUUCCACCUUUCAUGUAGAUGAAUUUUUGUAAUUUUUUGAUAAAAUAAAUGUCACUCUGAAUGUGAUGUAGGCAAUAAUCUGAAUUUCUAUUUAAUAACAUUUGUUUAUUAGUUCAUUAAAUUAUUUUUUUACAGUGUCAAUGUUGCUUUACUUACACAAUGUACUUAUACAGUUUUGCCUGCAAAGAAAAGCACCCAUUGUUUCUUUGAUGAAGUUAUAGUUUUCUACAACUUACAAAUACACUGUGAUUUCUUUAUGUAUCUGUCAUGUACUUCAUAAUAUUUCUUUUGCAGGAAAAUGUAUCCUGUGUAUAGAAAUGUUCAGAAUUGUCAUCAAAUCCCUUCAUAUAAAGAAUGUUUAAAAGAAAUGUUUUCCUGCAUUUAAUAGUUUUCACUUUGUAAAUUCAUUUAGAGCAAGUCAGUCACAAAUAAAUAGUUCGGUAUUUGCCAAUGGACUAUUAAAAAUUAUUAUUUGAGAAAGAAACCUUAUUUGAAGUUUGAGUUAAUACAGAUAUAUUUCAAAUACUUCAAUGUGCUGAUAAUCCAAAGGGAAUGUACAAAAUGAAGGCAAUUUGUGACUGCAUCAAGAUUUUCAGGAUUUGUUAUUUAUGAAAUAGCAAUACUCAGGAAGGGCCUCUAUUCUGCAAGUUUUGUGUUGCAUGAAUGCUAAACAAUCACUGUCACAUGACACACGCCUUGCAUUUUUGGACCAACCGCCACUGACUACCAGCAGUUUUUUAAUAUCUAUAUGAAAUGAUUUACGAACACAUUUUUAUAUGACCAUGAACUCUGCACAAUAUGCUACUUAAACUAGUUAUAAUUUGUGCUCUAGUUAAAUGUUUAAUUUUUAUACACUGUAUAAUUAUGUAGACUGCACAUGACAAAACAUUGUGGUGUUGGUGAUCAUGUAAAUGUAUUUAGUUUUAUUGGGACCAUGGCAUUUUAAGUGAUGUAGCUUACUGCAACCAUGGUUGAUAAUGAAUGAAUGUUAAAACGUUUAUAAGUCAAGAUGGACUGAUUUUUGUACAGAUAUUUAUUUGAGGAGAAAAACACGGACUCUAUUCUAACUCCAAAAUUUCACAAUGUGGAUCUAAUGCAAAGCCAGCAUUAAAAAUUAUGGCUACCAACUGAAAAUAAUCUAAUCAUUGAAACACAGUCUACAGUCUAAUACAAGAAAUAAAAAUUUCCUGAAGUAAGUAGUUCUAAAUGUUUUACCAAAAUAUGGAAAUAUCUAUAAAUAUGUUCAUAUUUACAUUGUUUAUAGUUCAGUGUUUGUAUUUAAUGAAGUUAUGUAAUAUGGAAAGAGUUAUUCAUACCUAUUUACAGUAUUUAAUAUUACUUUCUAUUUUGGGGGUAUAAAUAGAUUUCACUUUUCUGUAUUUAUUGGGAAAUACAGAAAAGUUAUUGACUAUGUUUUUCUGUACAGAUUGAGAAUUUUAUGUGGUGUAACUAAAUUUAUUUUGUCAUUUCAUGUAGUAUUUUCAGUAGUCGUGUCCACUUUUCUCUUGCAAUAGGCCUAGAACAGAAUUCAAAUUUUUAAUGGCAUCAAAGGCUUAAAAUGCUUAUGUUUUCACUAGAGAUAUCUGAGCUUUAAAGACAAACUUUUAAGUAAUCUCAAUAGAAUAUUUCAUUGUGUGUGUGUGUUUCAUUUUUGGAGAGACUGAAUAUGAAUAACAUGACAAGAAACAUAUUUACAUUAUAUAAUUAAGAUUAAUGGCUGCUAUUGGGAUGCAUUCCAAUAUUAUUUAAAAGUUAAUAGAAUGCCUUAAUUUUUCAAAAAGCCUUUAGUGUUUUAGUCAACCAGUACCUAGCCACUGUGUUUCAAGGCUUGGUGUUAUUUUCCAUUCUCUAUUCUGGUUGAUGUAUAUCAAACAGUUGCUAAAAUGUGCAAUCAUAUUUCUUGGACAUUGUGAUGUGUCUCAGAAAUGUAUGCUCAGAGAACAUAUUCUGAGCAAAUGCUUUUUCAGUGAUGUUAUAAGAACUGAUACUGAUAAACAAUCUGCAAAUGUAACUCAAAGUAAUAGUAUUGAUUUCCAAAGCUUCUUGAUUAUUUCAGGAUUGUUCACAAAAACUGAAGAAAAUGUACAUUCUUUUCGUAGGAAAAUAUUUGGCAAGUACCUAUUUCCAAUAACAACAUUAUAAUUCUCACUAUUCAUGGCUAAGAUCAUGAAUUUCGUCAUUUAACAUGUGCAGAAUCAGAAUAAUUACCCUAGGUUUAUUAUCAGUGCCUGAAAUUUGUUGAAACAAAGUGUAUAUACAAUUUUUGCAAUAAUGUAAAUGUUUUGUUGCAGAAUUAUGUACUUAGAUAUAUAUAUGAGAAAUAAAAUGUUUUCUUUAUAUGCA